AUGCGCGCCACACUGGCCUGCUGGCAGGGCACCAGCCGACAGUGGAUGCAGCGGCAGUCGCAAGACCCUUUUGUGACCAAGGCGCGCCAGGACGGCUACGUCGCACGCAGCGCCUACAAGCUGAUCCACAUGGACGACCGCUUUCACCUCUUUGAUCGCCAGCAUACACGCAUCGUGGUGGACCUCGGCUGCAGCCCGGGUGGGUGGUGCCAGGUGAUACGCGAGAGGGCCGGCGACCGCUGCUUCCUCCUUGGUGUCGAUCUUCUGCCCAUCAAGGCGAAGAUCCCGAACGCUGUUAUUGUGCAGGGUGACUUUACAGAGGCCGCCACGGAAGAGAAACUUGUGAAGCGCCUUGCACAUCACAGUGCUACUCUCGGCAGAACCGAUACAGUGACAGCGGCGGCAGCGUCGUCCGCCUCUCGCUUUACCGGAGUGGAUAUCGUCACGUCGGACAUGUGCCCUAACCGAAUGGGCGGCUCUCAAGAUCGGCAGCGCAUUGCGCAGUUGAAUCUGCAAGCCAUCAACGUUUGCGCACCGCUACUGCGCACUGGCGGACACUUUGUAUGCAAAGUGCUCGGGAGCCGCGCUGCCUACGAGGAGCUGUGGUGCCUCCUGUCCCGUCUCUUCCUCACUGUGCACACGUGUAAGCCGCCGGCGAGUCGCAUGCACAGCGAUGAAGCUUUCUUGGUGGCGCUUGGCAAGCUUGCGGCACCGCGUCCGGCAUCAUUCACCACUCGAAGCCGCGCCUCGAGAGCGGUCAUGAGCAAAGCUAAUAGAGACAGUGGCGGUGGGAGUCAUCUCGGCCUGGACGACUGGCCAGGGUUUUGCCGAGCAGGAAGGAGUCAGCGGUGGAGCUGA